UGGGAGUCGAAAUUUCAAUCGGCUCGAAACCAGAAAGCUCAUCUUCAGCAACGGGGCCCGAGCGAGUGCUUUGCUCACAUCAGUCCGAUUACGGCUUUCGUCCUUAAAGCUUCGCGCUACACCAGCAACGAAAAGCUCGUAGUAGGUUUAUUACGUAGAUAACCACUGUAACCGGCAGCAGGAUUUGUUGUUAUUUGAUUGUGUCGUCGUGGUAACUCACCUCUGCUAAAUACUUAAAAUCAAUAGUUUAAAUACCACAAUUGAUAUUUUUGUUUUUUUUUUUGGAACUGUGAUUUUUUCAAAAAGUGAUGAUAGUUGGCAAGUUCUAGAGACAAUAUUCAAAAAUGGAUUUGAAAAACUUUUUGUUAGUUUUGGGACUUUUGAGUCUGACGCAAAGUUUGGAGUUGCGGAAUGGAGCUUAUGAAGAGUUGGUCAUCAAAAUUGCCGACAACGUACCGGAAACAGAUUGCAGGAAUAUUUUGGAAAAUUUAGCGGGAACCCUAACAAGUGCAUCGCAAUACCUUUUUUCCGCCCUCGACAGUCGUGCAUAUUUACGUUCAGCAACUGUGCUACUUCCUUCGUCGUGGCCCGAUUCUUGCGCUUCUUCGGCCGUUUUAGAAGCUUCCGGUGAAGAAUCAGAUAUAACAGUUUUACCAUCCGAUCCAGUCCGUGGCAACCUCUACACUCAACAAUCUUUAGGCUGCGGCCAACCCGGUGACCAAAUUUACCUCAGCUACGAAACCCUACAACGCCCAAGUUUAAUUCUACCUCGCUCCUUAAUCAAAGAAUUCGCCAUGUACCGAUACGGUGUGUUCGAAGAGCAAGGUUACUUCAACGACCCUGUAUAUCCGAUGUGCUUCUACGACGACGUCCACAGAAAAACCAAAGUAACUGGGUGUUCCGAUUUGCAUAUAACCGACAAUGGCGUUUGUUCUUCGGAUUAUUCAUUCGCCUACAACGUCACCGAAAUGGUUGACCCAGAUGCGAGAUCUUCGAUAAUGUUCGCCGCCGAAGCUCCGUCAGUUUCGAUGUUUUGCGACGACGGAAAUCACGACCGAUUUGCACCCACCAAACAUAAUUUGAUUUGUCAACGUAGAAGUGUUUUGGAUGUCAUACUGAAACAUGAUGAUUUCUCAGGCAAAAAUGAUCAAAAUGGCUUUAGCAACAAUCAAAUAGCUGACACAGCUCCUUUGAUUGUUUACAAAAAACAAAACCUAACCAGAUACGUGUUUGUAAUUGAAAACAACAAAGACAUGUUACAACGUGAAUCGUGGAGCUAUUUACGAUUGGCUAUGAGAUUUUGGGCCAAUUACGUAGUACCAGAUAAUUCUGAGUUAGGUCUAGUACUGUCAACAGCCAACCCAGUAAAAUCUUUUAAAAUCUUGAGCGUAAAAAACGGAAACAUUGACAGAUUUGGUACUUCAAACAGAGACAAAUUCUAUUCGGCUCUACCUUAUACCCCAAGCGAUUCUACACAACCAGGCUGUCUUCAUUGUUCACUCAAAGUGGCCAUGGAUAUGCUCAAUGAAAGAACCAGAACCAAUGGGCCAGCGAGCAGUGUCAUAGUUGUCAUAGCUCCAGGCAUGACCCUCACAGACCAAAUCAAAAAUAUUGCUGACGAUUUGAUGAGAAAUAAAAUACGUGUAGCUACAAUUAACUAUCCCGACAUUGUUAGGCCAAAUACUUUAAGAUAUUUGGCUGAAAUUACCAAUGGAGUUGAUUAUACUGUUUUUGAAAAAAAAUUAAAUGUUGAUACUACCAUGUUGACCACCUAUUUUGAUUUACACAAUAUUUUAUAUAAUAUUGUUCAAGGAUUUUAUUCAGGAAGUCAAUCGGAUUUGGCAAUGGAGGUUCACCGUAGAGAAAUCACUGACAAAACUGGCAGACCCCUGGUAAGCGGCACCUUCAUAAUGGACGCAAGCAUGACUGAGCCAGCCCAAUUCAACUUUUUCACCUACAACAACUAUUCCCCACUAUUCAAAGGCUUAAAGCUGACCAGCCCCAGCAACCACGUCUAUGACUCAAGAACUGACAAAUUCAUCGACUUUAAAAUGAUCACUCUCAAUGCAAAUCUUUCUGAAAGCGGCACUUGGACUUAUAAUGUAGAACCUUACCCUGGAAACCCACAGCCUCACUUUCUACAAGUGAUGGCCACUCCUAGCUCACCCUACAUUCCCGUUGUAAGAACAAACUUCAGAAUUCAUAAACUCAAUUCCGCCUUGUAUGUUUUAUUGGCUGAAGCUAAAUACGGUGACGUGCCAAUAUUAGGUGCCAAAGUUGAAGUCACUGUAACUAAAGUGGGAGUUAAUGAUACCACUCCUCAGAAGACUAUAAUGUAUUUGUUGGAUUCAGGAUCUGGUGAUCCAGAUAUUACUAAAGGGGAUGGAGUUUAUACGAGAUAUUUUAGUCCUGAAGAUGUAGGGCUUUAUACGUUUGAAACGGUGAUUACCAACAAUGAUAAUACAGCUUAUACAUGGAGUUCUUCAAAAAUUGAUGAAGGCAAACCUUGCUGUGGCAGCGCAAUCAAAAGCAACGGCGCCCAACAAAUCUCACCGUUCCAACGAGUUCUAGCCAAGCAAACUCUAAUGAUUACCUCCGAAGAUCUCAAAGAACAAUCCGAACUUGGUCCCUUGCAAGUUGGAAGAAUCGGCGAUUUACGCGUGGAAGUUUACCCGGAAGACAUGAAAGCAAAACUGACUUGGACCGCACCUGAUAUGGGCGGCAACAGAGUAUCCAGAUACGAAAUCAAAUAUGCAAGCACUGUUUUGGAAAUUUUGGAUAGAUUCGAAACUGCUGCUGUUGUAUGGGAUGUUGGUAGCAACGGGCCUUAUCCCAUGGAUCCUGGAUCUGAAACCUCUUACAUCUUAGACAUGUCUCAAAACAAAGACCUUUUAGACAAGCCAUGGUAUUUUGCAAUUAAAUCUUACGCGGAUUUAUCUGGGCCUGUUUCGAAUUUUGCUAGAGUUUUGGUAUCGUCACCACCUCCGCCUCCAACAGUUGCCCCAACCUUAUCACCAAACGAACAAUCCAUUUGGCCAAAUCACGUAAAUCCUGUUGGAGUUGAUCAAGUAGGCCCAAGUAUUGCUAAAAGCAUGUCAAUUGGACUUGAACUAAUUCUUCCAGUUGUAAUUGGAAUAAUUCUCUUAAUCGUCCUACUAAUAGUCUAUUGCUACUUUUGUGUCGUAAGAAAAAAGGGCGAAAGCAACCAUAAAUCAAACGCCAUUAAAAAAGAUAAUUUGAAUUCGACAAUUACAAUUGUGCCUAGCAGCCCUCAGCACAAUUCAUCACCUCAACACAAUACAUAUCAAAGUGCUGAAAUGCCAGAUCCCCAUCAAGUUGGUGUGCCAGUCAAUAACUACGCUUACGAAGAUGAAACGAAAAAGCGCUAUUCUUUAGUCAAUCAACAAGAGCAACAAUUAAUCGAAGAACUAAAACAACAACAACAAAUGCAACAACAACGAGACAAUUUACCUCCAGCUUAUUCAGGCUUAAGCGUAAUUUCCAAUAACACAAUUACAAGAAAUGGCCAACCAUUGAGUCCCUACAACUCCUGGAGUGCCUCGCAACUAUUGCACGAACACGAACGCAGAUACAGUCCAAUGGAAAAUAUGAUGAACGAAGAAGGCUUGAUGACUCACCAAGAAGUUUUAGCUCAAAUGGAUCACAUGUCUUUGAACAAUCAAAACAUGGACGGGCACCAAAUAGUUGAACAGUAUCCUCCUCCGGUACCACCCUUGCCAGCUUUUAACAAUGGAGGGUACCCGGUAAAUUACAGUAUUUACGGAGUCCAUCAGGGAGCUCAACCGAAUCAAAUUUACCAGAGCAUGCCUAGAGACCAAAGUGUACAAUUCAACCAAAGUCUUCAAGGCUCGAUGACUUCUGUCAAUAGUGGCGAGAAGAAACGAAGAAACGUCACAAUGGUAUAACAAUACGUUGUUUAUAAGAGUGUCAGCAUGAAAGAAAAUGAGACUUGUACUAGUUUUUUGUGAAUGCGUGUAUAUUAUGUAUCAAUUUUUGCUAUACUUAAUGUAAAUAUUUACUACUAGUCAAUAAAAAUUUUGAAUUGAUGCUUUGUGUAUCUAGGUUGUAGAGACUAAUGCUGAUGAGGAGUUAUGAGCACAUCAAAUGUAAAUACCCAAGUACUUAUAGUUGAUAUAGCAAUAAUUAUAAUGAGCUUAUGGCAUUAUUAAGUUUAUUUUGUAUAAACUAAUUGUAAUUGAAGCCAGUACUUAAAGUAUUAUUAAUAUAUUUUUUUUUUUUUGGUGAAAUUUGUCCAAAAAAAAAAAAUGCCUUCUUGAUUGUUUUAUUUUAUUGUAUAUUGUUAUAAGACUGAUCUCACUUUGCUAAUAUUUGUUUGUUUUUUUUUUUUUUUAAUUUUGUUUAGUGGGGUUGAAUUUUAUAUUUUAUUGUAAAUAUUAUAUAUUAUGUACUUUUAUAUUAUUAUUGUUUAAAGUCCGCCUUGUACAAAUUAUGUUUUUUUGUAGAUUUUUAACUUUGAUGCCAGUAAAUGUUUGUCAUAAUUUA